CUUUUUUUUUUCUUUUUUCUUUCUUCUUUUUUCUUUUUUUAAUUUCAUAUAUCAUCAUAUAGACCUUGAUAUAUGACCCAUUGUUAUAUAUAUAUAUAGACGACAUUAAUCAACAUGGAUUCUAGAACCGCACCUUUACGACCUUUUGUACUUUUCUGUGUAGUAAUUGCAUCGUUGGGAGCUUUGAAUAAUGGAUUUAACACAAGUGCUUUGAAUAUUCCUGGUGACUAUGUCAAGCAAUGUCCUGGUGUUCCUUCUGGUGUCAUUACUUAUUAUCCAAAUUCAAGUUUACCUCAAUGUAUUCCCAUGGAUCCCUGGAUUUGGGGUGUGGCCACCGGUAUGUUUGCAGUGGGAGGUCUUCUUGGAGCUAUUUUAUCAGCCCCAUUGGCACGCAAAUUCGGACGACGAGAUUCAAUGAUGCUGAUGAAUGUAACCUUCUUUAUUGGGGCAGUGCUACUUUCAACAUCGACGACGAGUGCACAAUUUGCGAUUGGGCGAAUCUUUGUUGGCAUGGGGGCGGGAUUUAUGACGGUAGUAGUAUCCUUGUAUAUUGCUGAAGUGUCACCUCCUAAAUAUCGUGGUGCUCUUGGUUCCGUAUUACAACUGUUUGUGACGUUUGGGAUCUUGAUCAUUGAAUGUAUUGGUCUGGGUUUAUCCUCCUCAAUCGGUUGGCGUGUGGUGUGUGUGAUGACAGUGGCACCUGCUAUCAUUCAAAUGGUUUGUUUACCUUUCUUACCUCGAUCACCUCGCUGGUUGGUCACCAACAAUCGUGUGGAUGAAGCUCGAUCAGAAAUGCUCCGGUUACGUAAUGGCAAUAUUGAUGAAGAAUACAAUGAUAUGUUGGCUACCUUGAUUCAAGAUUAUGAUGAAAAGAAUGUUUUGGAAAAGGAUUCCGUUACUGAUGUACCCCACAACAACAACAACAAUACCACCGAUACCAAUCUAUCCAUUUUACAACUCUUGUCUAUUCCCGUCCUUCUUCGUUUAACAUUGAAAAUGAUGGUGGUUCAUGCUGCCGGUCAACUCACUGGGAUCAAUGCCAUUAUGUAUUAUUCAACCUCCAUCUUCCAAAACUCAUUUGGUGACAAUGCUCGGUAUGUAACUGUAGGUGUGGCGGCUUUGAACGUGGCCUUGACCAUCUUGGCUCUUGGCUUGAUUGAUCGAUUGGGACGCAAGAUCUUAUUGUUUAUCUCUGCUGUGGGUAUGUGUUUAUUCAGUGUCUUGAUGACCAUUGGUCUCAAGUAUGAAAUCUCUCCUUUACAAGUCAUUUGUGUCAUGAUGUUUGUUGCCGCUUAUGCUAUUGGUCUUGGUGUGAUUCCUUUUGUCAUCACUGCUGAAGUAUAUCCUACUUAUGCCGUUGGUACUGCCAGUUCUAUUGCUUUGGUGAUUAAUUGGUUAUGUAAUUUUAUCAUUGGUCUCAUCUUUCCUACACUUCAAACUGCUUGUGGUCCUUAUGUCUUCUUGAUCUUUGCCGGUAUCACUUUUGUCGUUGCCAUCUUUGUCUUUGCCUUUGUACCUGAAACAAAACAAAAAUCCAUCGAUCAAUUGGGUCAUGAAUUGGGCUGGGCCGAUUUGGACCUCUCUACUUAUUUCGAUAAAAACAAACAAUAGUAUAUCAUUAUAUAGAUUUUCUUUAACAAUCAUUUCAAUAAAUAUUUUUUUUUUUUUAUA